AAUACCUUCCAACUCUCUCCUGUAGACAUUUCAUCACACCACCACUUUCCAUCAUGAGGUCCCAGCUCGCUCUAGCGCUUCUUCUCUUCCUCGUCGCUGCCUCCACCGCGUUGGCCCAUGGCGAUCUUGACUAUGGCGGUGGAGUGAAGAAACCCGAAGCUGCUGUCUCCGCUGCCACCGCCGAGAAGAAACCCGAAGCUGCUGUCUCCGCUGCCGCCGAGAAGAAAUCCGAAACUGCCGCUGGAUACACCGCCGGUGCUGAGAAGAAACCUGAAGCCGUCUCGGCCAGUGCCGAGAAGAAACCCGAAGCCGUCUCCGCCAAUGCUGAGAAGAAACCGGCCGUAAGCGCCUCUGGCUAUGCCGGCGUGGAUAAGAAACUCGAAGGUGCCACCAAGGCUGCUGCAGCUGAGAAGAAAUCCGAAGUUGCCUCUGAGAAGAAAUCCAAAAGAAAGAGCGAGCCCUCCCAACCUUCUACAAUCGAGAAGAAACCCAAAGGUAAUGCGUACGACAAGAAGUCCAAAGGCAGGAACAACGCCUCUGGAUACACCGGUGAGGAAAAGAAACCUAAAGAAAAAGUAGCAGACAUGCCCAAGAAUGCAGGGGCUGAGAAGAAACCCAAGAUGCCGAGAAAGGAAGAGCCUACCAAGCCAGAAACAAGUAAACCAGACGUCUACACAGCACCAAACAAGGAAGAGCCAAAGAAGAAGCACGAGCCCAAGUCGCCGGCGGCUGCCACACCUGAAGCUUACGUUGCAUCCAAGGAAGAGCCAAAGACACCGGAAGCUGCUACAGCCGACACUGCCACCACAACACAGAAGGAAGAGGCGCCCAAGGAGUUUAAGGUCAUGCCCAUGACACCAGAAACCUAUGCCAAGCCAAAGGAGGAGCCAAAAAAGGAGGAGCCGGUGACCGCUGAACCAAAGAAGGAGGAACCAAAGGUACCGGUAGCCGAUACCACCGAUAGCUAUGCCGCGCCAAAGAAGACCCAACCGGAGGCACCCGCGGCUGUGACAACUGAUAGUGUCGCCGCCCCGAAGAAUGCUCAGCUAGACACACCAGCGGCGCCAAACACUGCACAACCAAAUACAGCCGUGGCGAGCACAACUGAUGCUUACGCCGCGCCAAAGACUGCACAGCCAGAGACACCGGCAGCCGAAACAACAGAUGCGCCGAAACCGAAGCCAUAUGUGUAAGUCCAACAGCUCACCCAGCUUCCGAGUGACCAACCAAAAUAAUUUCCCCUUCUACGACCGGAAAACGGUCCAAGCUCAUUUUUUAUAUCCCAAUUUUCAAGGUGUAAGUGCUUAUCCAAUGUAUGCAAUUCCGUUUGCAGUAUUACUUUAUUCCUGUAAAGAGAACACCCGUUAGCUAGGCAAAGAAACGGGUCUUCUAUCACUUUGUGUUCUAAAAAGGAAACUCAUAUACCGUGCAUAUGACAUUGGAUUAUACAAAUUCAGGUUUCGUGAAUA